AUGAACCUCGAAGCUGCGGUCAACACAGUCAAUACCUUAGUACAGGGUAUCGAAAGCAGCUACCAGACUGCGACACGCCAGACACCAUGGAUGCUCCAGUACAGACUGUUCCGCGACACAAUACCACCAGGCAACACCCCAGCCACGGAUGCUGAGGGCAAGUCAAAGCCUUUUGCGCAUACCCUCCAACAUUUCCUUCAACUCUCGACUAUCGACCCGAAUCGUGCUUAUAUAUGCGUUCAGCCGCCCAAUGGCACGAGUACCGUCACAGCCAUCCCAUACCGCCAACAAGAACCCCUCGCACUGCUAUUGAGACAUCAAUUCUCGGCGUUAUGGCAACCACGCCAGGUUCUUACCAUUCCGCAGGGCACAGCAUAUAAUGUUGGGUUAUUCACAGUACAAAUAGGGGAACUACGAUUAACCCGGGAAGGGCCGCAGUCUGGUGGCAUACAGUCCCCAGGUGUGUUCAUCUGCAUCAGCACAACUGUAGAUGGAGGCGAUCCAGACGAGGCCCAGGGCCACACGGACGAUGGGGAAGAUGAGAUCGACUUUGAAUAUGCACAAGCUGUUAUUCGCGAGUGUUGGAGUAGAAUCAAGGCCAAUCGAGACCUCGGGAAAUCGGAAACUAGAGAGGUCAUGAUGGCCCCGGAAAAUCUCAAGAAACAGCAGAAGGAAGCCUCUGUCCGCAUGUGGUGCGAGGGCCUUCGUUUGAGGGGCUGA